UAUUUCCUUCUCCUCCCCCCCGCGUACCUGUCCCCAUGGCGGUGCCGGCGCAGGGCGGGGUCAGUCAGCGCCGGCGGGAGCUGCGAAAGGGCCGAGCGGGAAGGCGAGCUGCGCUCUUCGCUGCCCGCUCCAGCCUCGCAGUCCGCUCUGCUCCAGCCCUCCAAGGACACCCCGCGCCAUGUCCUUCCGCCAGAGGAGCCCGCACGGCGGCACGCAGAGCAGCCCGCAGCCCCCACCGCGUUGGGCCCAUGGGAGGAAACGCGGCGUGGACGGAAAGCGGAGGAAGCACGAUGAACCCGAUUCGUCUGUUUUUGAUGAAAACGAGUACAAACCUUCCGACAACAGGCUGGACAGUUUUACAACACCAGAAGGCCCUGGAUCUCUUUCCCGGUGUUCAGAUUGGGGAACUGCGGUGGAAGAAGAUGAAAUGAGAACCAGUGUUAACAAAGAAAUUGCAAGAUAUAGAAGAAAACUCCUGAUAAAUGAAUUUUCAAGAGAAAGGAAGUCUUCCUCUGGAAGUUCUGAUUCAAAGGAGUCCAGUGUAACAGUAGAACUUGAGACGGAUGAAGUGGUUUUGAUGAGAAGACAAAAACAGAUAAACUAUGGAAAAAACACAAUUGCAUAUGAUAGAUACAUUAAAGAAGUUCCUAGAUGCCACCGUAUACCAGGAGUUCAUCCCAGAACUCCAAAUAAAUUUAAGAAGUACAGCCGUAGGUCAUGGGACCAGCAAAUUAAACUGUGGAAGGUUGCAUUGCAUUCGUGGGAUCCACCUACUGAAGAAGGCUGUGAUCUGCAAGAAAUUGUUCCUGUUGAUCUUGGUGAGAUGGAGACAGAAUCUGUCAGAAGCAAUUCUACUGAAUCUCAAACGAGCUCUCAAGAUAAUGAUGAUACCUGUUCCGGCACUCCCACUAAAGUUAGACAUGUUGACUGUGGAGCGGAAGGUGAAUUUGACUUGGAAGUGUGUUUGAGUGAACCACUUAAAGAUUUUGAUACAGUGAGUUAAAUAGUCUUGUGCAAACUGUUGUAGUUUCAGAGGAAGUUUCUUUUAAAUUUGAGAGUUUAGCUUGAUUCAUAAACUGUUAAUAGUAGAAAAGCUUAAGUAAAGUUGAAGAGUGUUCUCAGAGUUGUGGUUGGUCUGCAUAUCCUCUGGACCAAAUUUAUGUAAAAAUACCAUUAAGUUGUGUGACUUUUUAACUUCUAAUUUAUGUAUAGCAGAUUUUUGUAUAAAAACUUUCAAUAGAAAAAAAAUAUCCAAAGGCAGUGCUAUCCUCAAGUAAUUACAAAUAGUUCAGCAAGAUUUUAUGGAUUUUUAUUGUUUUUUAUUCCCCUCCCCCCUUUAUUGUGUCCAUAAUUUCAGUUGUACCCCUGCAGAUCAAGAGUGAAGCAGGGGGAUAUUUUUGAGCAUCUAUACGUUCCCUUUUCUAUCUGACCUUCACUACAAGGAUCUGACUUUGAGUAACACAUGUAGUGGCCGAACCACACUGCUGAUUAGUAUGUGUAAACUCAUCUACUGCAGUUAUUUACCAUAAGAUCAAACUGCUUUACGUUUAUUAAAAAUAAGGCUGAUGCUUUUUUAAUUGCAAAACCAUUUCUGAAGCAAUUGGAAAUCAUAUACUCUCAAAACUGGAGGUCAGUAUGGUAAAGCCCAGGCAAUAACGCUUUAAGAAGCAGUAGCCUGAAUUUGAAAUUUGUAAAUAGUCACGAGUCAUUAAUUAGUACAGUCAAGAAAACAAUGUGUAGGUAAAGUGCUUGGUUCUUUUUAAUUUGGUGGCUUAAAAUGUAAAACAGUUGUAAAUGAUAAGAUUGUGUACAUAUUUUCUGCCAAAAGUUGUUGAUGUUUCCAUUACUUUUGUAUGGGAUGUCACUGGAAAAAUAAAUGGAAUUUCAUUUGCC